CGGAGCGGGGAGCGGCAGGGGCUGGGCUGCGCUGCAGCCAGAGAUGCUGUCGGGCCGCCGAGGCGCUCGGCAGCCGAGAACCCCACAUUAAGGGCACCGAGGUGGAGGGGCACUGCCUAGCCGGCAGGCAGAGUGGACACUGAGGCCAGAAGAGUUGGAUGACACAGACCACUGAAUCUGCUGGGAGUACACGUUAUGAACCCUUUGUGGAGCAUGUCUGCAGGUCCUGUGCGCAAACGAUCUGAUGGGGAUGAGAAAACGUUAACAACAGGCGAUGUGAAAACUAGUCCUCCACGAAGUGCACCAAAAAAACAGCUGCCUUCUAUUCCCAAAAAUGCUUUGCCCAUCACGAAGCCUACAUCUCCUGCCCCGGCAGUACAGUCAACAAAUGGCACACAUGCAUCUUACGGACCCUUCUACCUGGAGUACUCACUUCUUGCAGAAUUUACCCUGGUUGUGAAGCAGAAGUUGCCAGGUGUCUAUAUACAGCCAUCUUACCGCUCUGCAUUAAUGUGGUUUGGAGUAAUAUUCAUACGGCACGGGCUGUAUCAGGAUGGCGUGUUCAAGUUUACAGUUUAUAUCCCUGAUAACUAUCCAGAUGGUGACUGUCCACGCUUGGUGUUUGAUAUUCCCGUCUUUCACCCGCUAGUUGAUCCCACCUCAGGUGAACUGGAUGUGAAGAGAGCAUUUGCAAAGUGGAGGCGGAACCAUAACCAUAUUUGGCAAGUUUUAAUGUACGCAAGGAGAGUUUUCUACAAGAUCGACACAACGAGCCCCCUAAACCCAGAAGCUGCAGUACUGUAUGAAAAAGAUGUUCAGCUUUUUAAAAGUAAAGUGGUUGACAGUGUUAAAGUAUGUACUGCUCGUUUGUUUGACCAGCCGAAAAUAGAAGAUCCCUACGCAAUUAGCUUUUCUCCAUGGAACCCUUCUGUACAUGAUGAAGCCAGAGAGAAGAUGCUGACUCAGAAAAAGAAGCCUGACGAGCAGCACAAUAAGAGUGUUCAUGUUGCUGGCCUUUCAUGGGUAAAGCCUGGCUCAGUACAACCUUUCAGUAAAGAAGAGAAGACAGCAACAACUUAAGAGACGGCAAAUCUGGUGCACCGCGCACUUUCCUGCUGGACUCUGGCCUAGUUCAAGCUGACUAAUGGCGAAGGACUGCCUGAAGAGUAAAUGCGUAACAGUGACUGUUCUCGGCGUUGUCCAUGGAUUCGUAGGUUCUAACAGCAGGGUGUGGAAGGCCCUCAUUAAGUAAUGCGUUACUUCUGACAGAAGUGUCUUAGGCUGGCUAUCUAGUUCAGUACUCCAAAUUGUUGGGGACCUUGAGGCUUAAGUAUUUUUCUGAAUAUGAUGCUAGAGGUAAGUUGUGUUUACUUAAACUAAUAGAGUGGAGAAAAACCAGCCCUCUGUAAUAGUUUGCAAGGUGGUGUUUUCGGUUGUACAUAUGUUAGGAUAUGGACAGGAAAGGUGUAGAGAGAGCAGGUUCCGGAGCUCAGCACUUUGAAGUGGAAGAAUGUGUGAUUUCAGUCUUCAGCCUACUGUCUUACCGAUCGAUAAACUACUAUCUCCGAGAAACAUUAGAAAAGUGGGGGGAAACCAGAAUGCUUGUUCAUGGUUUGUUUUUUUUUAAAGCAAAUUAUUGUAUUUUUAUGGUAAAUGGGAGAAAAAAGUGUUGAAACGGUUUUUAAUGAGUCAGAUAUUUAAAUGAUGAAUGACUAAUGUAGUAGUGAUAAAAUAAACCAAUAAAUGAUUGUUUUUGUCAUUUA